UUAAAGGAAUUUUUUGUCCUUUUGCUAUUUGUAAUUUUUUUCGACAAAAUUGUAAAGUUUUUAGUAGGUUUCUUUUUCAAUUUUUGUUUUUUUUUCUCAAUUGCCGGUAAUCAUAAUCAUCCAUUUUGUAUCGAAAGUGUGUCAUAAUUUCGCUUUCGCAAUCAUAAUUGUUGCGAUUCUCGGUUUCACCCCUAUAUAUAGUUGACAUCGGUUUUAAGUUUGCUUAACAAUCCUUUCCGUCUGAGAUGCAACCAAUUCCAUCAUUUGAAAUCAAGGUGACCUGUUGAGAUUAACCUGCAAGGGGUUCCGGUUGUUCAGAAAUCUAGGCACGUAAGCUUUUGUUUUAAUUGUGUUACUUUUUCUCCUGUACAUUUUGUUAAAGAGUUGCUAAUUUGUGAGAUGAUUUGUUCCUUAAACAAGGAUAAAAAUUUGCCUUGCCUCUGACAUGUACGAGUUUGAAGAUGAUUUAUUACGUCUGUGAAUCUUACUUUAAUUUUAGUCGGCUUUUUCAGCCAUGCUCUUAAUAUUGGAACAUUUGGGAAUGCUUUGGAACACUAGUAAUGGAAUGCUCUUAAUAAUUUCCUAGUUAGCUGUUGAUCUUAUUUCCUUGCCCGCAAAGAGCAUUUUAAACUUAAAUGAAUAAGGUUAAACCGCUCUUUUUGUUUUCAUUCUAUACUACUUGUACUAAAGCUCUGCAAAUACUAUUUCUGACCAGCAGAUGGUUGCGUAUUUUUUCCUUUUCAUCCGACUGAAAAUGGUGCCAUAUAGUGAAUUAAAACUCGUUACUCUCAGUAGAUAUCUAUGUUAGAUUCCUACAGCCGCUACUCUAAAACUAAGCGCUGCUUUUUUAUGAAUGGUAAAUUUGUGAAAUACCAUGUUUUUUCUUAACAAAGCAUUCCAAAUUUUGCAAUACGAUUGAGAGUGAGCCAAAUUUAGAGCUGAAACGUUGUAAGGAUAUUAAGACGGAUGCUGGGAAAAAACAAAGUGUCUACUUCUUGCAUUGCGCGCUCUCUUUGGUUUGAGUUUUAUCCUGGUUUGUGCUUUCCUUUAUACUUUUUUACCGCAUUUUUUUUCCUUUUGCAUUCCGCAAAAGCAUUGCGUAAUGUUUUUACAUUAUGCCUCACAACGUUAAAGUACUCGGCGCUUUAUUGCUUUUUAGGACAUUAAAUUUUGAUCCGAAUUGUUACGAUAGUGCCGUUAAUUGUUUGACGCUGUCGCUGUGUUUAUCAGGCAAGCUCUUGAAUUAACCGCAUUUUAAAUAUUUUGUCGAUCACUUAAUUGAAAAUCUGGUUCGAGAGGUGAAUUUCCGUACCAAAAAUGUUUGCAAAAGAAGUCUGUGUUAUCUGAGAAAAGUAAAUAUUUUGCUCAGUGUUACGGUUAGUUCCAAGUUUCGAUCUGUAAACUUUGGUAGAAGCCCCGCGUUACUUUUUAACUUCGAAACGUACCGACUCAAACUGACUUUUUAGCUGAUGUUUGGUUAGUUUUGUCAAACCGAUUCAAUUUUUUUUUCGAGUACCAUUUCAAAGGUGAAAAAUGGCGUGCUGUUCUAUAUACUGACAGCUUUUAACUAUUUUAUUAUAUAUCUGCCAAUCAGUAUAGUUUGAGACAUGGUAAAAAUCGUGUUUAAUCAAGACUUAGCGAACAAUCAGUCCUUAUAUUAAGUCUUACUAUUGUUGCUCUUAUUUUACACACAUUUACACAAAUCGCCAUUGGAGCUGUAACAAUUAUUACUUAGUGGCUUUAAACUUGUCAUUAUUUUACACCAUUAAAUUCUAUUUGUUGACUGACAUUAUGGGAUUGCUGAAACGAUUAAGUCGUUCGAGGAGUUCCGAGAAGGUUCAAACAAACAAACAACAUGCAAGCCAGCCGGCAAGUGAGCCCGGAAUGCUAGGGCGUCUACCUAAAUUUAGAUCUAAAAGCAAAAGUUCGGGACUUGAUUCAAGAACCUCUGUUGAUAUAAAUACAACUUCAUCUUCGCUGAACAAAUCGAGUUCAGGCGAGGCACUAUCUUUCAAUCGAGUGCCCCAGGAUCGAUCCCCGAUCGAGCCUACAUCGUCUUCAGCGAUGUCUCAAUUGAGUUUUAUGACCUUGCAACCUUCACGGAGUAGUUUUGGAAUCCAUUCUCUAGAACACAAUCCAGAUACAUCUUUUGACCAACCUGUAGUGCGGAAACCCUUGGUACAAUCCAGAAGACCGUUCUUACCUGCGGCUCCGAGGCCUCCAGUCAAAGAGAAGCAGCCAAAUUCAAUCCAAUCUAGUAAUCUGAGCCAGACAGGUAAUGCUCCAAAACAAGAUAACAGUUUUAAUGGAUCCUCAGAUGCGCGGAGGUUCGAUAAGCCGCUUAUCAUUGAGAUACCGAGGAUUGUUUGUGAGAGCUGCAAAGAGGCGUGCACUAUAGAGGCCCUGAAAAUCAAUAAUGUUUAUUACCAUCCGCACUGUUUUGUGUGCACUGCUUGUAAUAUUGAGUUGUCGUACAGUCCCUACUUUGCGAAAGAAGGAGGAAUUUACUGCACUAAAGAUUUCAAUGCACUGUUCGGGACUAAGUGUCGAUCGUGUAAAGAUUACAUUCAAGGAGAUGUUGUGGCAGUUUUGGGUUUCACAUACCAUCCAGCGUGUUUCAACUGCACCCGCUGUGGGAAAAGUUUCGAAGCUGGCCAAGAAGUGAUUAUUGACAAGGAAGACACAUAUUGUGAAAACUGCCCCCCUACUCCUGGAAUAAACCUGGAAGUGGAAAUAGAGCAGCAGAGUCCAGUGGCUGUAGUUUUAUGCAGUGGCUGUAAGCAGAUAAUUAGUGACAUGUCGAAGUCUCUCUGUGCACUAGAAGGAAACUGGCAUCCGCAAUGCUUGAAAUGUCACGCUUGUCAGAAACUUCUGACUAAAGAAUACUUUGUACAAGGACAAAAGAUUUACUGCGAGCGCGAUUAUUUGAAGCAGUUCGGAGUGAAGUGCAAUAAUUGUGCGGAAUAUAUAGUCGGAAAGGUUAUCGAGGCGGGAAGCAAACGAUACCAUCCUACUUGUGCGCAAUGCUCGGUCUGCGAGGGAAUUUUCGCCGAAGGUCAGGAUAUGUUAGUCCACGGAGACGAAGUAUGGCACCCGGCAUGUAACUCGAGACACAGUGGCAACAAAUCGUCUAGAAGUACUGCAAACGAUUCCUUUCAAGAGUCCUCCAUAUACACUACCGAUGAUUUGAACAUAAGUGACGACUUGAACUCAAUCAACGUGGUAACACUGGACUAUUCGGUCCCAGAAGAACUUUUAACUGAACUCCAAGAGGGAAAAGCCGAGCAAACCUCCUCACCCAUUCCAACGAGUGAAGCAAGUUCCAGAAUAGCACCGGCACCCAAAAAGUCUUCUCUUAAAUCUCCUCCCAUACUCAAGAAUAAACAAAACAAACAAGAAUUGUAUGAGAAUAUUGAAAUUCCGUAUCCGAAGUUUCCGAAUAAGUUUGCAUCAUCCUCAACAGCACAAACAUCGGAACCUACUAGUAAAUUUAUUUCAUUAACUCCCGACUUACGAUCUAAAAACUGCAAUCCAUUCAUACCAAACUCAACAAGCCUCUACGACAUUCCAUUUGGAGACGCCAUUCCUGAAUUCGAGCUUGAAAUUUCACACGCAUCAGCCAAGAAGUCAGAAACAGAAAGCGAAAGUAUGAGUCAUAUGCCGAGAUCGACAAGUUUUGAUCGAAAUAAAAAGUAUUCGGUUCCGUUUUCGGCGCCUGUCAUGAAUGAUAACAUGUUUAGAUCUAAGUCAAAUGACAGGCUAAAAGUUUUCCAACCGAAAGGAUCGGAUGCUUAUGUUGGAGGCUAUCUCAACCCGGCCGAGCCAUCGGAUUUAGCUCCAGGAUUGUUUCAAAGGUUUCCAAGUUUACGAAAGCAGCAAUCAGAAGACAAGAGACGUCAGCGACAAACAUCUUUCUCGCAACCUCCGAAAAGCACUGAAAAUCUUUCAACAAGGCCCGGAAACUUAAAUAAACGAAACAAUUAUACUCGUGGAACCUCGCUGGGGAACAUACAAAGAGAGCAGCUUCAAUCACGACGGAAUAAUUCUCAAGCGGAGCAGCUUAAAGAAGAAAUGAAACGCAGCAACAACCCUGAGCCGCCCAGGUCCAAAUCGUCAUUUGAUAUUGGAAACAGAUCAAGACGCGUGAAUUCAGAUGAUUAUACCGAGAACAGCGCGAAAUGUUUCUACGAUAAAGAGCGAUUGAGUCGAAGUCGUAUCGAGUUUUCGUUUAGUGCCUGUGACGAGGAAGAUUCGCCCGAUUCCAAAUACGACGAGUAUCUCACACGCUCGGGAAUAGGGAAAGAAUAUCUGCAAAGCACGAAAGGAAAGUCAGCUAAAGCGAAAUUAGAAGAGAGCUUGAAAGUUUCGGAUGACCCGAGAGGCGCGUCUAGAGAUCCAAGUGCUCUUCUACCACCGCCAAACCCUUUGAGAUACAAGAAUCCUUACCAAGCAUCGCCGUCAAGAGUUUUGGGAUACCUGGAAAUCGAAAACGAAAGUGACGAUACUAUUGAACAUAAAUCAGAACUGACAGAGGUUUUCAGGUCUACGGGAAAAAAGCAGAAAGUUCGACCACCGAGAAAUCGGGAAAUGUCUGUAGGAAAUGUAACUACUGAUGAUUCGGGACUGGACUGUUUCUCAGAACCAGAAGGGAGCAGGAAAUCAGUGUCAACAUCUCGACUACUGGAUUCCCAAAAAGGUUACAGGUCUGAUUUUGAGCCGGCAGAAACCUCAAGGAAGCAGAGAAAAAGUAAUGAAAAGCGCGCGAAAUUGCUUCAUGAUAAUUUUAUAAACUACAUGAAGGCUGUUAAACAUGGAUUUAUCUCUGCUUACGGCACUGAAGAGAAUCUAGAUGAGAUUGAAAGUCUGAGCGCCGUCUCAGAAAUUGUUCCUCUGAAUUCAAAUGGUAGAGAAGUGAAAAUUUAUUCGUUGAAUCAACUUCAGACAACCAAUAAAAAACUUCCCAAAGACGUGAAGAGAAAAAGCUUAGAAGUUCAUCUAUCAGAACAAGAGUUUUUCCUGACAUUCCAUAUGACUCGUAACUCGUUCUACCAAUUGCCUCUUUGGAAGCGAAACAUUUUGAAGAAAUUCAAUUACCUUUUCUAGAUGAACUGGAAUAUGGUUUCAGCAAAAACUGUUUCACAGAGUUUCAAAUAAUAAAUACUACGCAUUAUGGAUUAAUUAGUACAUUGUUGCAAUAUGAAAAAAAUAUAUUUAUUAUUAUUUAUAAUGAGUAGUUAGUACAUGAUAUGAUAGAUUAACUUAAGAUAUAAUAGCUGGAAAUUUUUUAAGGUUGUAGUCUCUAUGGAAGUCCAAAACCCAUGCCUCUAUUUGAACAUUUGGCGGAUAAUUUUGAUCUCUUUUCGCAUUGGUCAACAGAAACCUUUAAUCAUUGGUGAUAUAUUACAGUUAGUGGCAGAUUCAAGUUAAAUAGCUGGAUUGAUUUUUGUUGUACUUCGAACAGUUUUUAUAAUUUAUUUCAAAGCCAAAUUUUUUGGCAAAA